CCUUCUCUCUCCACAAUUUGUUAGAUAGCAUAAAAAAGAAAUGGAAUAAAAUCAACCUCUAGAAAAGGGCCACUUUUUUAUAUAUAUUUUAUUCCAAGAACAAAAAAGACACACACAGACACAUACACAUAUUUUAUAAUGAACCUUGAAGAACUUAAAGAAAUUCAAACAAAUGAAAUCGAAGCUUUAAAGGCUAUUUUUAUGGAAGACUACCAAGAAGUUGUCAACAAGACAGCUUGGAAGGUUGCUCACACAGAUCCUGAAUUCAUAUUACAUUUGCGUCCAUUAGGCGUCGAGGGAGACGAGGCUCAUGUCACAGUUGAUCUCAAGGUACGAUUUCCUCGAUCUUAUCCCAACAAACCACCUGAACUACACCUUAUCAAUCCUCGAGGUUUAUCACCACCUUUACUUCAACAACUAUCAACUUCACUUCAAAAAGCAGCACAGGAACUAUUAGGUCAAGAGAUGAUGUAUGAUCUAAGCGACCAUGUUCGUGCAUUUUUAGCUAAUCACAACAUGCCUCCAUCAGCUACGUCAAAACUCACAUUGCAUGAGCAAAUGAUUAUCAGAAAUGAACAAGACUUGAAGGUCGAAAAGGAACGUGAGCUAGAAGAACUCGACAGAAUCAGAAAAGAACGUGAGGCUGAGUUACGCGUUCAGUCAGAUAUGAUGAAUGAAAAAAUUCAGCAAGAUAUCGAAAGAAAGAGAGAACAUGCUCGUGCAGCGAUGGAGCAACGACAACAAAGACUUGUUGGAUUUACUGAUACUGCAGAGGAUGAUUUUCACCUGGAUAUGCAAGAUAUCAACCCUGGAUUUGAGUCAAGUGGGGAUAUUAAAUUCAUCACAUUCGAAAACAUGAUCAAUGUGCCUAUCGACAAGGAAGAGAAAGAUGUUAUCUCAAAGACUAUAUCCUUCCACACAGUCGCAUUAGGUCCUUGCCUAGGAAAAGGUGUUGUUGGGGAAACCUUUACGGCGCAGCCUGUUAAUUAUAAACUUAUGGGAGCGAAUAGUACUUCUGAAGAUGUGGAUAACUUGUUACUACCAGCUUUACUGGCAGUCAAAAGAGUAGAUAUAUCCGGAUCAUAUUAUACAACGCAGGCUGGAAAAAGAAAGCUACAGGAUAUUGAAAGAGAAUUAGAUCGAUUAAGGACAAUUAGACAUCCUCAUAUUGUAAAUAUUUAUGAUGCUCGAUUGGAUCGUAGUGAGAUGGAUAGAAACUCGUGGAUCUUGCAUAUUUUAAUGGAAUAUGAACAAGGAGGAAGCUUAUAUGAUUUGUUAAAGAAAUGCGGUGGUGGGUUAAGAUUAACAAUCGUUCGCAAGUACAUGAAACAGCUAUUAUGGGCCUUAAAUCACAUACAUUUGAGCGGAUUCGUUUGCAAAGAAAUUCGUUCCAAUACUAUAUUCUGUAGCAGUAAUCAAUCUGUCAAAUUAGCCGACAUCAGUUAUAACAAAAGGUUACAUGAUUUAAACAAGUCCAAUUCUUUAGUCGAACACUCUGAAGAUACAUCAAGUUCAGAAUUAGCCAUCUCUUGGCUUUCUCCUGAAGUACGAGAAAGACCUGGAGUCUAUGGUCGAAAGAACGAUAUUUGGUGUCUUGGCGUCGUUUUUAUCGAAAUGAUUUGGGGAGUGGAAGUGACAAAAGAAUUUGGUGACUUUGACGCGUUCAUGCGCACAGCUUCUACUGAGAUACCUGCUGCUGCCAACAUUUUUGCAAGAAGAAUAUUAGAACCAGAUCCAAAAAAGAGACCAACCGCUAUUGACCUAAUGAAUGAUCCAUUCUUUGCAGGUGAUACAGACUCUGUAAUUUCAGAACAAGUUGCAGAGCCUGUUAUUACAGGAAAUGUUGCACCGCAUAUUCAUUCUAGUAAAAGUAAUAUCAGAGGUAGGGCUCCUCUGAUGACAAUGGCAUCCGAGCCCAUCAUGCUGCCUCCUCCAGUCAAUGCACUUGCUCCUCAGCAACUUUACGAACCAUCCAACUAUGUCGGUGCAAGGAAUAGCGCGUCAAAUAUAUCAAAUGAUAUUGCAGCUUUGAAUUUCACAACAUCACGUUAUAAGACCGAUUUUGAAGAGAUUGAGUUUUUAGGAAAAGGCGGGUUUGGUGAAGUCAUCAAAGUGCGAAAUCGUUUAGAUGGUAGACUGUAUGCGAUCAAGAAGAUUCGAUUAGAUCCAAAGGAUAGCGAAGAUUUGAAAAAGAUAUUAAGAGAAGUCCAUUCACUAUCCAGUCUUCACCAUCAAUAUGUGGUACGAUAUUUUGCUACUUGGUUUGAGGACGAAGAUGGAUCAAAUCUUAAAGGAAGUGCUAGUGACAGUGAAGGUUUUUCAGAUGAAGAUGAUUUAGAAGAAUCAGAAUAUGAUGAAGAAGAUGGUGACGUUAGCGCUUAUAAACAAUUUGACGACUUUUUGUCAAUUGAUAAGCAUAGAUCAAAGAGUAAAAGCAGGAGCUAUUCGGCUAUCCGCUUUGAUGAUGAUACAAGCACGAGUGCGAGCAGUGAAAGUGAUAUUGAUUUCGUUUCAGAGGACGAUGACGAUGACGGUUCGGAUUUCAUAUCCUUUGCACCAGACAGUACAGAUAAUAACACAGCCACUGCUGGAGAGAGCACGAGCAGUUCAGUUACUCCGACUACAAACAAAGCCAAAGUGACUUUAAUGAAAAGGGUUGUAGACAAUACAAGGAAAAGAAGCAAGGAAGACAAAAGCUCAGAUAGUCAGAGGCAGCACCAACGCACUAGAGUUCUGUAUAUUCAAAUGGAAUACUGUGAAAAGAAGACCCUGCGUGAUGUUAUUGAUGAAGGUAUUGAUGAGCAAGAGGCUUGGAGGCUUUUUAGACAGGUAUUAGAAGGCCUAGUUCAUAUACACUCCCAAGGAAUGAUUCAUCGCGAUCUAAAACCUGCCAACAUUUUCUUGGACUCCAAUAAUGAUGUUAAAAUUGGUGACUUUGGACUGGCUACUUCAAAUCAGACACUGGCAGAUGGACAGAUUUUCUCUCGUACUGCAAGUCAAGUUAGACUGUUUAAUCAGCCUGGAGAGAAUAGCAAUAUAUCCACAAGUUAUACUGGCUACUCUACUUCAAGUCAGCACAACUUGGAAGAAAGCAUGACCACUGGUGUUGGUACCACCUUUUAUGUGUCUCCUGAAGUUAUGCCAAAUCCAGCAACUGGCACAACAUCUGGUAUGCGAUACAAUCAAAAAGUAGACAUGUUCUCGCUUGGCGUCAUCUUUUUUGAAAUGUGCUAUCAAUUCUCUACAGGAAUGCAACGCGCUGUUGUACUAAACGAACUCCGUAAUGGUAAAUUCCCAGAAGAUUUCCCUACAAGCUACAUCAAUCAAAAGAGAAUCAUUACCAUGCUAUUGUCCCCUCAACCCAAGGACCGUCCAAAUAGUUUUGAAUUGCUACGAAGUGAUCUUUUGCCACCCAAACUUGAGGAUGAAUAUAUCAAAGAAUGUGUACGAACAAUAGCUAACCCCAACACACCAUACUACGACAAGCUGAUGUCUGCCAUGUUUUCACAAUCAGCAGAUAGAUUGAAAGAUCUUACCUAUGAUUAUCAAACAAGCAUGGAAAUACCUUUUGAUCAGUAUAGUCAUAUAUUCUUUGAUCGAAUUAGGGAACAAAUGACAAAGAUAUUCCGACGACAUGGCGCCAUUGAUAUAUCUGCUCCUUUACUUAUUCCAAAAAAUAACUUGUACGAGUGGAACUGGAAGAACCCAGUCUAUCUCAUGGACUCACGAGGCUCUUUAAACCAACUUCCCUAUGAUCAAACAGUGCCCUUUGCACGAUUUGUCUCACGCCAAAAGGGAUUCCCAGAGUUGAAGCGGUUUACCUUUGACAGGGUGUAUCGAGAAAACCAGAGCGGCGGUCAACCUGAAGCUGUUCUUGAAGCUGAUUUUGAUAUUGUUCAUCGAGAGACUGCAGCUCCCAUGGUCCCAGAUGCAGAAGUACUUAAGGUGGUAGAGGAAGUAUUAGAAGAAUUACCGCCUUAUAAAAAUGGAGGAUUCUAUUUUAUGGUGAAUCAUACUAAUAUUGCUGAUCUCAUAUUAGACAGCUGUCGUGUUCCUCCAGACAUCCGUAAAGGAGUGCUCGUGGCAUUAUCCAGUUUGGGAAGAGCUCCCUCUUUUGCUGCUGUGAGAAACGUGUUGAAGCUAAAGUUUCACUUGCAACGAAGUGCAUUAGAUGAACUUUCCUCUUUUAAUAUUCAUGGUGAUUUGGAGACAGUUGCGAGAAAGGUUGAAGCUUUAUUAAGUGGCAGCCAUAAAGCCAUGUUUAGAGAGAACGUUGGUGCAUUAAGAACUCUACUUAACGUAAGCAAGUAUAUUGGAAUCCAUCACAAGAUUGUCUUUCAUCCCUUGCUGGUUUACAACAAUCACUUUUACAAAGGUGGUAUGGUAUUUGAAGCAGUUACGGAUACGAUUGAUUCGAAGCGUAAGGAUGUGUUGGCAGUAGGCGGCAGAUACGAUUUCCUCAUUCAGCAUUUUGCUCACCCCAAUGCCACUGCAAACCGUAAGCUUCGUGCUGUGGGGGUCAAUAUUGCUGUCCAAAAACUCAUCAGACAUUUGGACAUGCAUCAAUCUGAACAAGUCAAACAUUUGAUGAAGACAAAGAAUGAAAAAAUGCGAAGCUUUGGUUUAUGGGCUCCUAAACGGUGCGAUGUGUAUGUUGCAAGUUUUGGUAAAGUUUUGUUGCAAGAAAGGCUGGACCUUGUUCACGAACUUUGGAGCCAUGGUAUUCGAGCUCAAUUCCAAUAUGACGAUGAAGAGCAAAACAAUCUUUCACCAGAAGAUCUUGUGUCUCUCUGUAAGAAAGCAUGUAUCAACUGGGUUGUGAUUGUAAAGCAUAAGAACUCAGAGAGUAAUAAGGGAGAAACGACUGUGAAAGUAAAGGAUGUUUUGAGACGAACAGAAACCGAAGUUAGCAAAACAGAUUUAUGCCAAUGGCUCACAGCAGAAAUAAACGAACAGAUAAGAGUUGAUUCUAUAGCAAGAGCUAGAAACAAACACGAGCUAAAGUCAAAGGAUGCUUCGGAUUCUGUACGCAAUGAUCCAUUCUCAUUAGAAUUAUCUAAAGGCGAAGGCAUGGAACAAAAGAAGAUGGCGUUCGAUGUGAAUAUAGUGUUUAGCGAAAGUCGAGGCAAAGAACGUACAAAGAUCAAGCACAAGCAUAAAACUGCAAUUACUGACAAAGCCAUUCAUCGAAUUUCACCUAUUAUUGAAGACUUGAAGAAAGAUGUACAAGUAGUCGCAUUUGAUCUACCAAAAGACGUUGUACGAUAUAUGGUUGGAUAUAACUUUUGGCAGGAUGACGACUAUAAAAAACUAUUAGAACAUAUAAAUGUAAAUCAACAAGAUACCCUCUCGAAAGUAAGACAAGCUGUUCAAAAAUUAAUCAAUGCCAAACACAAGUGCGUAUGGCUUUAUUCACAUAAAGAUGACUUUGCUUUGCUUUGCUGUUUGUCUCAAUAAUAAUAAAAUAAAUUGUAAAUUUUUAAACCCACACGCUCAUAAGCCCC